AUGUCAGAUUCGAAGGAGCGCCAACUGCACGAAAGCGAUGUUGGAGUCGAAUCGUCCAGCGAAUCUGAUCCGAUCCAGCCCCAACCAGAAUAUCCCUCCGGGUUGGUCCUCGGUGUCACGAUUCUCGCUCUCUGCAUCUCGGUGUUUUGUGUUGCAUUGGAUAUGACCAUCAUUUCAACGGCAAUCCCAAAAAUUACCGACCAGUUCCAUGCGCUAAAUGAUGUGGGCUGGUAUGGCUCUGCAUAUCUAUUGACAACAUGCGCGUUCCAACUCCCUUUUGGUAAAGUAUAUGGUAUCUUCAGCCCAAAAUGGACCUUUCUCGUCGCUCUUGCUCUGUUCGAAGUGGGUUCGUUGAUAUGUGCGGUGGCACCUUCAUCAGUUGUCUUGAUUGUUGGGCGUGCGAUUGCCGGAAUAGGCGCUGCGGGUGUAUUCAGCGGUGCUCUUGUCAUUAUCGCUUAUUCGUCCUCAAUGGAGAAACGUCCCAUGUACCAAAGCAUGCUCGGGGGCAUGUUUGGAAUUGCUUCUGUAGUGGGACCCAUGAUCGGCGGUGCUUUCACUGACAAGGCUACGUGGCGGUGGUGCUUUUACAUUAAUCUUCCACUUGGUGGUUUCACGGCAAUUGUUAUCACAUUUUUCUUGCAUCUCAACACAGGAAAGAGUUCUCGGAAAAGCCAGAGCUUCUGGAGUCUCCUUUGGAGCCUCGACCCGAUUGGUUUCAUGCUUUUCGUACCAAGCAUUAUCUGUGUCCUUCUGGCAUUACAGUGGGGAGGUACUACCUAUCCAUGGAGCAAUGGGAGAAUCAUUGCUCUCUUUGUAGUCUUCGGCCUGGCAUUAAUCGGCUUUGCGGUAGUUCAGGUUUGGCUGGGUGAAAACGCUACACUCCCGCCUCGAAUUGCAACCCAUCGUACGGUCUGGGCUGCCAGUCUCUUCUCCUUCUGCCUCUCUGGUGCAUUCUUCCUGCUCAUCUACUACAUUCCUAUUUAUUUCCAAGCGAUCAAGGGGAUAGACGCUCUCCACUCUGGAAUCGAUAGUAUUCCAUUGAUCCUUUCCAACGUUGUUGGUAUCAUCCUUGCCGGUGCCCUCACCACCAAGCUUGGUCAUUAUAUGCCAUUUAUCUAUAGUUGUGUGCUACUCACCUCCAUCGGGUCCGGUCUUCUCACCACCCUGGAACCACACACCACUAGUGGAAAAUGGAUCGGUUAUCAGAUUCUAUUUGGCUUUGGCUGUGGCUGCGGCUUCCAGCUCCCUCAGAUCGCUGCACAGGCCGUUUUGCCCUUUGAGGAUGUUCAGACGGGCAUCGCCAUCACACUUCUGUUCCAGAACUUUGGUGGCGCCAUUUUUGUCAGUGUCGGCGGUACUGUUCUCGAUGAACACUUGUUGCAAUAUAUUUCCGACUUGGAUGCUGGGGUCGAUCCCGAGGCAAUUAUUCAGGCUGGCGCAACCGCCUGCGGGGUCUCGUUCCGAGUGAGCAUCUGUCCGCUGUGA